AUGACUGUCAACAAGCGUACCAAGCAGUGGUGGAAGCAGGCCACCAUCUACCAAAUCUACCCUGCAUCCUUCUGCGACUCCAAUGGCGAUGGCAUGGGCGAUCUCCAAGGCAUCAUAUCCAAGCUCGAUUAUAUUUCCAGCUUGGGUGUUGAUGUUAUCUGGGUCUGCCCCAUGUAUGAUUCCCCACAAGUUGACAUGGGCUAUGACAUCUCCAACUACGAAGAUGUCUAUGCUCCUUAUGGUACUCUUCAAGACAUGGAAGAGUUGAUCCGCAAGACACACGAAAAAGGCAUGAAGAUUAUGCUUGAUCUUGUUAUCAACCAUACUUCUGACAAGCAUGCUUGGUUUGAGGAGUCACGACUUAGCAAGGACAGCCCUAAGCGUGACUGGUACACCUGGCGUCCAGCCAAGUACUCACCCGAUGGCCAACGCCUCCCUCCAAACAACUGGCGCUCCAACUUUGGAAAAGGCAGUGUUUGGGAAUGGGACGAGGCAACAGGGGAGUACUAUCUACACCUUUUUGCUAAGGAGCAACCCGACCUCAACUGGGAGAACCCCGAGACCCGACAAGCCAUCUACGCUUCCUCCAUGGAGUUCUGGCUAGACAGAGGCGUCGACGGUUUCCGUGUCGAUACUGUCAACAUGUACUCCAAGAUCCAAGACUUCCCUGACGCCCCCAUCGUCGACUCCAAAGCCGAAUACCAACCUGCCGGUCUACUCUACUGCAACGGUCCUCGAAUGCACGAGUUUCUCAGCGAGAUGAGCGAGGUUCUUGAACGAUACGGUGCCAUCACUGUUGGUGAACUUCCCCAUACCCCAGAUCUAGAGCGUGUGUUGCGAUAUGUUAGUGCCAAGGAGAAGCAGCUCAACAUGGUGUUCCAAUUCGACGUUGUCGAUGUUGGUUUCGGAAAGACUCAUAAAUAUGAGACUACGCCCAGAAACUAUACUCUUCCUCAGCUAAAGGACGCUUUUGGUCGAACACAGAGUUUGAUCCAUGGAACAGAUGCUUGGACAACCGUCUUUAUGGAGAACCAUGAUCAAGCUCGUUCCGUGUCACGUUUUACAAACGACAGUCCCCAGUACAGAGUAGCAGGAGCCAAACUCUUGGCUUUGCUUCAGUCUUGCUUGAGCGGAACACAGUAUGUUUACCAGAGCCAAGAGAUUGGAUCAGUUAAUGCUCCCAAGGAGAGCUACCCUCUGGAGAAUUACGUCGAUAUCGAGAGCUAUCAGUUCCUCGACAUUGUCAAGGAGCGAUCCAACAACGAUGAGCAAGAAAUCGACAAGGCUUUUAACGCUCUACAACACUUGGCUCGAGAUCAUGCUCGUAUCCCCAUCUGUUGGAGUGAUUCCAAGCACGGAGGAUUUUCAGAAGCCGCUGAAAAAGCUGGACUACCCAUCAAAAGGCCUUGGAUGCAAGCUCACCCUCUAUCCCAAGAAGUCAACGUCACCUCACAACUAGACGACCCACAUAGUGUCCUUUCCUUCUGGAAGAAAGCCAUUAGCUUCCGAAAGGAGUUUCCCGAUCUCACGGUUUACGGAGAUUACAAGGUUAUCCGACAGGAUGAUCCUGAUAUUUAUGCUUUUGUCAAGGAGUCGCUUGCUGAUGGAUCCAAGGUUGCUGUUGUUCUCAACUUUACUACUGAAGAUAAAGCGUGGAGUGCUCCUACGUCUGAAGAGCUGGGUGUUCACAGUGGAAAGGAUAUAAAGCUUGUGCCGAUAAUGUCGACGCACUCUGGGAAGGAAAAGGCUACUGUUUUAUCGCCGUUUGAAGGACGAGUUUACUUGGUUACUUAG